GAACCGCCGCCGGGUUGCUCGGCGAUUCUCCGGGAGGUGCUCGUGUUCCCGCCGGAGUCCGGCGCAGAUAAAUUUAGAAAAUGCCAACUAGGAAAUUUGCCAAUGGUGAAGUGGUGAGAGGUCGAUGGCCUGGGAGUUCACUUUAUUAUGAAGUAGAAAUUCUGAGCCAUGACAGCAAUUCCCAGCUUUACACUGUGAAGUACAAAGAUGGAACCGAACUUGAACUGAAAGAGAAUGAUAUCAAGCCUCUGACUUCUUUUAGGCAAAGGAAAAGUGGCUCUUCUUCAAGUUCUCCCUCCAGACUCCGAGGAAGUCGGUCAAGGUCACACUCCCGAUCCCCUGGUCGGCCCCCCAAACCUUCCCACCGCUCCGCCUCUGCUUCCCACCAGGGCGACAUUAAGGAAGCAAGGAAGGAAAUAUUGGAAGUUAAAUUGACGCCACUGGUUUUGAAGCCCUUUGGAAAUAGCAUCAGCAGAUAUAAUGGGGAGCCCGAGCACUUAGAGAGGAACGACAUACCCCACAAAAAUGUGCAGGAAAAAGUACAUUUUCCACAAGAAAGUAGUUAUAUAUCUCCACAGUAUAGCCUUCGUCCAAGAAGAGAAGAGAACAAAUUUAAAGAAAUAGAUUCUAAGGGAGAAAAAUUCGUUACAAAAGGACCUGCAUCAUCGAAAACCUUUGAAGUGACAAACACACAGACAAAGGAUUUGGAGUUUGGAGGAGUACUUGGUGCGUCUUUCAUCAUGCUCAGCCUGCCUGCUUUCCUCUUCCUGUUGCUAUUGAUGUGCAGACAGGCAGACCCCAGCCUUCUGAAUUUUCCUCCUCCUCUGCCAGCUUUGCAUGAUUUAUGGGAAACCAGAGUGUUGGGGGUCUACCUUUUCUGGUUUUUUCUUCAAGCUCUGUUCUACCUACUGCCGAUUGGAAGGGUUGUAGAAGGAAUGCCUCUUGUUAAUGGAAGACGACUCAAGUAUAGAUUGAAUGCAUUCUAUGCUUUUCUCCUGACAUCUACAAUCAUUGGAGCAUCUGUCUUCUGGGGCGUAGAACUUUAUUACGUGUACAAUCAUUUCCUUCAGUUUGCAGUUGCAGCUAUUGUUUUCUCUGUAGUCCUGAGCAUUUACCUCUAUGUACGGUCUUUGAAAGUACCCAGAGAUGAACUGUCACCUGCCAACUCUGGAAAUGCUGUCUAUGAUUUCUUCAUUGGCCGUGAAUUAAAUCCUCGAAUUGGUACUUUUGAUCUCAAAUACUUUUGUGAAUUGCGCCCUGGAUUGAUUGGAUGGGUUGUUAUUAAUCUGGUGAUGCUUUUGGCUGAGAUGAAAUUACAGGAUCGUGCUACUCCAUCCUUAGCAAUGGUUUUGGUUAACAGUUUCCAACUCUUAUACGUGGUGGAUGCUCUUUGGAACGAGGAAGCUUUAUUGACCACCAUGGACAUUAUCCAUGAUGGAUUUGGAUUCAUGCUGGCUUUUGGAGAUUUAGUGUGGGUUCCAUUUAUCUACAGCUUCCAAGCCUUUUAUUUAGUCAGUCAUCCACAUGAAGUGUCUUGGCCAGUUGCUUCUCUAAUUGUUGCUCUGAAACUUUGUGGGUAUGUUAUCUUCCGAUGUGCGAAUUCUCAGAAAAAUGCAUUCCGGAAAAAUCCUACUGAUCCAAAGCUUGUGCAUUUAAAAACCAUUGAGACUUCAACGGGGAAAAAUCUUCUAGUUUCUGGAUGGUGGGGUUUUGUUCGCCACCCCAAUUACCUGGGUGAUCUCAUUAUGGCCCUGGCUUGGUCCCUUCCGUGCGGUUUUAAUCAUAUUUUGCCUUACUUCUAUGUGAUUUAUUUCACUAUGUUGCUUAUCCACCGAGAAGUUCGUGAUGAAUACCAUUGCAAAAAGAAAUAUGGCCUGGCUUGGGAAAAGUACUGUCAGCGUGUGCCAUACCGUAUAUUUCCAUACAUUUACUAAUUUUCUUCUAUUGUAUUUUUAAAAUGCCUUUGCAAAUUCUAGCUUCCAUUUGCAAAAACAGAAAUAGAAAAAUCCCAAACAAACCUUCUUCCAUUGCACUGACAGGAUCUGUAAGUUUUCUGUUGCUUUUUGAGUCAGGACUAGAGAACCAAGUCAUAAGUCUUUUUAAUAUAGCCAUGUUUAUUUUUAUUAAAACAACACAAUGAAAAAUUUGAGGAUGUUAGGAUUUGCCUUUUAGCGGGAAA